AUGGCGGUGGAGCAGCCAAAUGCACAGGAGCAUCCCGGCGUGCCCCACGGUGUACUGAACCACACCCAUCGACCAGGUCUUGGCCCACGACGCGACCGCGGAGGCCACGAGGCUCCCCACGCCCCACCCGAUCGCCCCGAAGGCGCGCACGAAGGCCCACCGCGUGGCCUUGUCGCCCUGGCUCGGGAACAGCGCGAGCAUGUUUCGAUCCAGCAACGGGUUGAUGGGGGUCUGGAGGAUCACCAGCACCGUGAAGGUGAUCAUGAGGAGGGUGUGGUUUGCGGCGGUCGUGUAAAACCAAACCAUAAUGGUGGAGCAGACUACGGUGAGCACCAACAUUAA